CUGAGAGUGAGAGUGAGUCCCCUUGGUGGCUGUGGGAACUGAGAGUGAGUCCCCUUGGUGGCUGUGGGAACUGAGAGUGAGUCCCCUUGGUGGCUGUGGCAAGGGAGAUACAUUUUGUUUGGCAGUCGUGACAUACGGUGGAGUCCGCGAGAUACUCAUCAGGUGAGCAGUAAUGGUAAACAAAUGAAUCACUAGAAAUAAAAGUAGAAGAUAAAAGGUGUUGGACCUUAAAAAUUGACAAUCUCCUUGAUUCAAAUCUUCACUAAAAACAACGAAACUAAUAUCUCAAUAUUUUAAAUAAUGUUUUUAAAGACGCAUGCGUGAUACGCUAACAGAAACGAAUUAAUUUAAUCAUGUUCGUAAUUUUUUUUAAAAUGGCAAUAGUUGUAAUCUAUCUACCGUAUUUAUUGGGCGUAUAACACGCCCCCGCGUAUAACACGCACCUGAAUUUAAGAAGGAGAUUUCAGGAGAGAAAAAACUAAACAUUAUAUCGGCGUAUAACACGCACACACGAUUUGCCCGCUAUUUUCGGGGAGAAAAAGUGCGUGCUAUACUCCAAUAAAUAAUAUAUUUCGCCAGCAAAGGUCAAACAAGACGGGUCAAACACCACGCAGGCUAUUUAUAGAUACGCCAGAGUGUGGUUCAAUAAUGAGUUCACUAGCGCGUAAAAUAUAAUUCCCGAUAACUACGCUAAAUGAUAUAUAUAUUUUUUUUAAUAACGCAAUUGCGUUUGGUGCGUAUAUUUUCUUUUCGUAAAUGAAAUCGUCUCAAUUUAAGUACUGUUUAAAACUGUUUAAAAAAUAUUCGAUUUAAAAGUGGUUUGGACAUGAGAAUAUUAAUAUAGUUCAUGGGCGUGAAAUAAAAAGUGUGCAGUGACGUAUCAUGGAGGAAGGGGUGUAGCAAAUAUUGGGAUUCUUAAAUAUGCGUUACUUGAGUUCUUGCUUUGUCCAGUAACUUUACUAGAUGGGAAGUUCACGCAUUGCUGUCCCCAAUGUUUGGCGGGCUAUAUCUCGUUUUCUUUUAUUUUACGGAAAUCGAAUAUAUUAAAAUGCGCAAAAAAUAAAAUAAAUGCUCUCUUAUUUUAGUUUAAUGUUUAAGUAUUAUUAUUAUAAAUUAAAAAUACCUUUAAAAUAACAAUUAAGGAACUUUUAAAAGAAUUUUAUCUGAAUUUUAAAGUUAUGAUCCCCCCCGACUUCCAUGAUGGAUUUCAUGUUCAUGCUGGAAGCCCGCAUUAUAACAAGAACAAUAACAAACUAAUUGAGGGUCAGGAGGUCAAUGUAUUUAAGAACUGUAACAACGUAAAGAUAUAGUUAUUUUUACAUUGUAUUAAUGGUUUUUUUUUUUUAAUUUUCAUUUCCUGGUCUUCAAAGUUGCAAACCUGUCAAUUAUUUCAUCAAAAUCAACAUCCAUCAACUUUAGUACUUUUCAUAAGCUCCGCUCACAUGAAGCCACAGACACACAGAUCGUAAGAAACAAUUGAAGGCUUAGCGAGAGUAUUGGAAGAGAUUGUUGUCGACAGUCUUUUCAUCGACAUUCAAGGGUGUUCAAUUGAAACAUCCCGUCGAUGAAUGGAAGCGGCGAAGAAGGAAAAUAUCCCCUCAAGGAUACCGAACGAUAUAAUACUUGAAGCAUUUGCUACCGAACACUUCGAUUGGCGUUGAAUCAUGGUCAAAACGAUGAUUUUUCUAAGGUGGUCAAAAAGAAUUAAUUAUAAGAUCACUUCAUUUUUUAUUUUGUUUAGCUUUAACCUUGAACUUUUAACAAAGCACGCAUUUAGAUUGGUUACAAAAAAAAAACACCUGUUUUAAGUCCGUUCUUAAUAUUGCGAAAUUAAACUAAAAUUGAUUUGGUCUAAAUGUCUUCAAACAAUAUAUAUAAGAAUGAGCUAUACUAACGUAACUCCAAAAAGCCGAUAAGAUUUAAGUACAUUCGAAAUCCUAAAAACAAUCAUAUAUUUUCUAUUAUUUUACGGAAAUCGAAUGAAUUAAAAUGCACAAAAAAUAACAUAAAUACCCUUUUAUUUCAGUAAAAGUUUAAGCAUUAUUAUUAUAAAUUAAAAAUACAUUUUAAAUAAAAACCAAGAAAUCAUUUUAAGCAUUUUAUCUGAAUUUAAAAGUUAUGAACACAAAAUUUCAUUGAAAAAUUAUGAUCUAAGAAUUACAUGGUAAUCACAUUUAUCGGGAAAACCCAAACAAUAGUUUUUUUAGUGCGUUGUUAAUAUUGCAAAAUAUUUUUUUUAUUUUAUUUUGUUCUAAAUAAACACGCAAAUGGCGUCAUAGAACGAAUCACCCAUGUUUAAAUUGUUAAUUUGUAUUUUUAACAUUUAAUAAGUUUUCCCUUUUUUUAAUUCCAAAAAUAUACUUUUAUUAAAUUUAUAAAGUAAUAAAAAACGUAACCUUUAAAUAUACUUCUAUUAAGAAAAUGCCGUUUAAGUCAAUCAGUGCAACGAAACUCAAUAGCUAAAUAUCAUUCACUAAUCUACUUAUAACUUAUCCAAAUAAUAAAAAACCAUAUGAAAUGCAAAUUGUUAGUUUGGGUAUGGAAGGGACUACAAUCCAAUGGAAUAUUUUAUUAAUUUUAUUUAAAUCUGGGUGGAGUGGGUUGGUCAUUUUUUCCCAAGCAGCACAAGAUACGACUAAAAAUAAAGGAAUGAAUUUGAUAAAUAAUUAACCUUCAUUAGUAAAUACAUAUCGGAGGUAGGAAAUAGGAUGUAUACAUUUUUACGUGAAUUACAAUAUAUUUAAUUUCUAUGGUAUUACAUUUGUGAAAAAAUAUAUUUUACUUUCUCUUUUUACAAAUAUGGGUAUGUUCAUUAUGCCCCGGGAAGAACAAGAUACGUCUCAAAAUAAAGGAAUGAAUUUGAUUUUAAAAAAUAACCUUCUUGGGUAGGGCUACAUACCUUUCGGAGGAAGGAAAUAGGAUGGGUACAUUUUUACGUAGAUGACAAUAUAUUUAAAUCCUAUGGUAUUACAUUUGUGAAAAAAAGAGAUGUUACAUUCUCUAUUUACUAAUAAGCAAUUUUUACCAAUUAAGAAAAUCUAUGGCGUUAACAAAACUUUGGUACAUUUAUUAAAGUUUACCCAUAAAUAUCAAAACCCAAUAAUUUUACCCACUUGAAAAUUUAAUUGUAAAAAAUUGAGAUUGGUUAUUAUUUUGUUUUAAAGUAAUGAAACUAUAUUUUGGUUUUUACUUUACGAAAAGUUAAGUGGAUGUGUAUUUUUAUGAGAUGAACAAUUGUUAAAAAAGACACUCAAGUCUGUUAGAGGCGUGAAAAACGGUUGCGAGAUUCUACUUUAGAUAGAAGAAUUCUUUGUUUUACGAUUUUCUGAUAAUGCAUGAUUAAAAAAACAAGGCAAAAGUAUGUUUAAAUUUUUGAUGAAGAUAGAAACGUAUCAAACUCCUUUAAUAUAAAUUAUUUUUAUAUCAUAUAUAGAGUUUUGUUGUUAAUUUAAUGUUACGUUUUUAAAAAUAUUUAGAGAAAAAAGUUGGAAUUCAAGGACACGAAAAGGGAAAAUCUAAAGUAAUUCUCUAGCGUAGAAAUCGUCCAUCAAUUAAUUUCUUUAGACACAAAUGUAAUAUAAAAUGAAUGACAUACACUCAUCUGUGUUCGGUGUAACAACUGACCUUUAUUCUACAGUAUACACCCUUUUUAUACCUCUACAUUCAUGAUCACUCAUUCCACUUUUCCACGUAUUCAAGUUUAAAACAAAUAUGAAUAAAAACAACUGACCACGUCCAGUCAUACCACAUAACAACAACACAGGCCAAUCAUGUCACCAACUUCACUCACUACUCACAAUAAUAAUCGUCAGUCAUACUGUCACAACAAAAGUUAUAUAAUUAGUGAUAAUUAAGAUUGGGUCAUUAAAGGUAAUGUUUAGAGUAAAUAAUUUAUUUAGGGGCGUGAAAAGGAGUAGGGUAGGCGUAUAAUAUAUAGCAGAUAAAUACUUCUAAAAACUUCAUGAUGUUAUAAACUAAAAUAUCAUUGUAUCGAUACUUCUUUUUAAAGUUAGGAUUUGUGAUGAGUUUUUGCAAUAGCAAGUACAAAUUAUCGCGAAGGACCUACUAUUAUUAUCCCGAUAACAUCGGGUCAUUUAUUCUAGUAUCUUAAUAAACACGCAAAUGACAUCAUGGCGCAACCUGCCUAUUUUAGCCAGAGCCUUAUGUUAAUUUGAUUUAAUAACCGUGGGUGAUAAAACUGAUGAUGUAUUUUCCCGUCCUAAAAGUAAAAUUAAUAAAUAUAAUUGAUGUUUUUUUUUUUAAAUUGCUAGCCACCCCAAAAAAAAACACAUCAACUAUCACCUUUGUCUUUGUAUUUUUAACAUUUUACGUUUUUACUAAUUAUCCAUUCCAAAAAGAUACUUUUACUAAAUUUAUAAAGUAAUAAAAACUAAAUGUUUAAAUAUACUUGUGAUCACAAAAUGCCGUUUUAGUCAAUCAGGGCAGCGAAACUCCAUAGCUGAAUAAAGUUGGCUGAUGCACUGUUGCACUUAAUCACUCAUCCCAAUAAGAACAAAGCAUUAUGACGUCACGAUUACAAUUGGUUUAUUUUAAUAUCGAUAUCUAAAGAUACAAUUAUGGGACAUUUGAAAUGUGGUACAUUUUUUAAUGAUAAAAUAAAUAACCAUAAUAUUUUAAUAUACGGAAUUAUGCGUAGAAUUGUAUAUAUAUAUAUAUAUUAUUUUUAUUUUUUUUUUCAAAAGACCUAAUUAGUAAAAACAUGGAGCAAAAAAAAAUUAGGAAUGUAGAUAUAUAGUUGGAAAUAGAAUAAAAAUAUAUAUAGUUAAGAAAUAAAGUCAAUGUCCCAGAGAUAGGCUCCAGUUAGUAAUGUAGUGAAAUUAACACAAAGAAAGUCGACAAACGCAUCAAUUAUUCAAUGUUUACUGUAAUGAAAAGAAAUGUAGUUCACAAAUUUAAAAAAAAAUUAUAUAAAGAAGAAUCCCAAUUUAACUAAACUUGAAUGUUAGAUUUUCUAUUGUUAGAUUUUUCUAUUGUUAGAUUUUUCUAUUGUUAGAUUUUCUAUUGAUAGAUUUUCUAUCUAUCGCUUGGCGUUUAUGAAGUGAAGCUCUAACAUGUGUUAUAAUCCACCAUUCCCAUCCACACAUAAACACAAAAAUAAUAAUAAAGUUUAAAAUAAUUAUAAUAAUAGUAAAGAAAAACAGAGAUAAUUGACUUAAUUUGGACCUUAGAAUUGAUUCUUGUUUAUGUCCAUUCCCGUUUUUCAAUAGUGAUGUGUUCUCAACUUCCGGUUGUACUGGCUUUGGCCGCCAUGUUUCUCCAAGCACCGUCCUGGACUCAAGCGAAAAAGGUCGUCAUGUUCCCGCCACCCGUUAAAAGUUAUAUCCUUUACCACUCCAACAUCGGACAAGCCUUGAUGGACCUUGGACAUGACGUGUGGAUAUGUUUACCUGACCAUUUAGUUGAGACGGGAUUCCUCCAACACCAUGCUAUCAAGCGCAUUGUUUACGGCACAGGACUUGGAGACAUCGAGGGAAAACUCUUCCAGUCCACACAAAUGUUUGAUAAAUUUUGGGCAGGAGAAGAAAACUCUUUCCGAAAUUUGUUUCCCCUUAUUAAUUAUUUUAAAUCUUUUUCCAUAGAAGUUUUAUCAGAAACAGAAUUUGUACAGAGUGUCAAGAAUAUAAAUCCUGAUUUAUUCAUAUUAGAUGCCUUCAUGUUUACUAGGAAUCUCUUGGUGCUGCCUUACAAACUGGAUUUGUCUUUUGCUCUUAUUGGAACUUUGCAUGAUAUGAAUUUGGCCAGGGUACCGUACAGCCCAGCAGCCGAGCCACACGUGACACAAAAGGUGACCAACAGAAUGACUUUCUUUCAGAGGGUAGAGUCAACGUUUAUUGCCUUAUUUUCGAUAACCUUCCACAUUUUCACAGAUGAUGACGUAGUUACCAGAUUCGCCCCUGAAAAGCCUUAUAAACCAUUGAGUGACAUCGCCUUGCAAGCUGAAAUAUUCAUCUCUGACACUGACCACAUCCUUGACUAUCCUCAGCCAGUGCUACCAAACACAAAACUUAUUGGGGGAUCUUCUGUCAGUGAAUCCAAACCUUUGACAGGAGAUUAUUUUAAUUUUUUUAACAGUUCUGUCAACGGUGUAGUGGUGGUUACCUUUGGGAGUACCGACAUGGACGUGCCUACACAUAUCAUGAACAAAAUGGUGGCCGCCUUCGAUAAACUUGAUUUGAAUGUUGUGUGGAAAGCUAAUUUAACCUCUCCUAGGCCGGACAAAAUCAUGAUUUCAAAAUGGUUGCCUCAAAAUGAUCUCCUGGGUCACCCCAAGACCAAAGUGUUUGUAUCACAUUGUGGUAAGAAUGGACAGUACGAAGCUCUUCAUCACACCGUGCCCAUCCUUUGUUUGCCCAUCUUUGGCGACCAGUUCCACAAUGCCGAACGUAUUUCUGUUAAAGGAUUCGGGCUGGAAUCUGAUCUAAGAAAAAUCACAUCAGAAGAAUUUGCUGACCUGAUCAAAGAAGUCGCCUAUAAUCCCAAAUACAAGACCAACAUACAGAAGGCAUCGGCGUUAUUCAAAGAACUCUGCAAAGAACCAAUGAAGGAAGCCGCCUACUGGUUUGAUCACGUGAUGAAAUACGGGGGAGGAUACAUGAGGUCAUCUGGCCAAGAAAUGCCCAUGUAUCAAUUUCUUCUCUUGGACGUCAUCGCUUUCUUCAUUGGCGUCAUUUCUUUGUUAGCUUUACUGACGGCCACAGUGGUCAUUUUUUGUUAUCGAUGUUUGAGAAAUAGAAAGAUCAAAGCUGAUUAGAAUUUUUCUGAAGUCCUUUGACUGUCCCAUCCCUUCAUUAGUAGUCCAUUUACUGUAUCACCAUGACUGUCCUGUCCCCUCGUUAGUAGUCCAUUUACUGUAUCACCAUGACUGUCCUGUCCCCUCGUUAGUAGUCCAUUUACU